GUCAACUUGCUAGCCGUAGCCUGCCAUUGGUUAGAGCGAGUGACAAUCAUGUAUUUUCUCGUUACUAAAUAACGGAGAAGGAAGCGACAUCUCUGGUUCUGUCUCAUUAAAGAAUCCCGGGAAGUGGCAGAAAAAAAAAACAAACCAACAGAAAUUCUGCCACGAUGAUCCACAGCCUGUUCCUGGUGAACGCGUCGGGGGACAUCUUUCUGGAGAAGCACUGGAAGAGCGUGGUCAGCCGAUCCGUCUGCGAUUAUUUCUUUGAGGCUCUGGAGCGAGCCACGGAACCGGAGAACGUUCCUCCGGUGAUCCCGACCCCGCAUCACUUCCUCAUUAACGUGCUCCGACACCGCAUCUACUUCGUGGCCGUCAUUCAGAGCGAAGUGCCUCCUCUGUUUGUCAUCGAGUUCCUCCAUCGUGUGGUGGACACCUUCCAGGACUAUUUCGGAGUUUGCACCGAGGCAGCUAUUAAAGACAAUGUUGUGGUGGUCUACGAGCUGCUGGAGGAGAUGCUGGAUAACGGCUUCCCUCUGGCCACCGAAUCAAACAUCCUAAAAGAGCUCAUCAAACCUCCGACCAUCCUGCGCACAGUGGUCAACACCAUCACAGGAAGCACUAAUGUUGGCGAGCAGCUUCCUACAGGUCAGCUGUCAGUGGUUCCCUGGAGGAGAACAGGGGUCAAAUAUACCAACAACGAAGCUUACUUUGACGUGGUGGAAGAAAUCGAUGCUAUUAUUGACAAAUCAGGAUCCACGAUCACAGCGGAGAUCCAGGGAGUGAUCGACGCCUGUGUCAAACUCACAGGAAUGCCUGAUCUCACCUUGUCUUUUAUGAACCCUCGUCUGCUGGACGAUGUCAGCUUCCACCCCUGCGUCCGCUUCAAGCGCUGGGAAGCCGAGCGAAUCCUGUCCUUCAUCCCUCCCGACGGAAACUUCCGGCUCCUGUCCUACCACGUCAGCUCUCAGAACCUGGUGGCCAUCCCAGUGUAUGUGAAGCACAACAUCAGCUUCAGAGAGGGCAGUUCUCAGGGACGCUUUGAGCUGACGCUCGGCCCCAAGCAGACGAUGGGUAAAGCGGUGGAAUCGGUCCUGGUGAGCAGUCAGCUGCCCCGCGGCGUCCUCAACGCCAGCCUCAGCCCCUCGCAGGGCACCUACACGUUUGACCCCGUCACCAAGCUUCUGUCUUGGGAUGUGGGGAAGAUAAACCCCCAGAAGCUGCCCAGUUUAAAAGGAUCUGUGAGUCUCCAGACUGGAGCCUCCAAACCGGAUGAAAACCCAACGAUCAACAUCCAGUUCAAGAUCCAGCAGCUGGCCAUCUCAGGUCUGAAAGUCAAUCGGUUGGACAUGUAUGGCGAGAAGUACAAACCUUUCAAAGGCAUCAAAUACAUGACCAAGGCCGGCAAAUUUCAAGUCCGAACCUAAAGUACCUAUUCUUAUUUUACGUAAAGAAUUUAAUUGGUCUAUGGGAGAAUGGGGACGGAGAAAAGAGAGUGAAUACAUCUCCUUUAGAAUGCAUUUCAGAAUCAAUUGAGGAAAAUAUAGGAUAAGACUGUGUAAGCGUAUGCCUUCCAGAGAGAUUAUAUUGUUAUUAACACUAUCAAAAUGUGCUUCUACAGGUGCGCCCGAGUUAAAGGGACAGUAACUACAUAUUCCUAUUUCAUUGGGUCCUUUUUUAUUUGCAGCUUCUCUGGAUUACACUUGCUCUUAGAUCUCCGUCUCCUCUUUCAGACUGACUUUAUUUCUUAUGGUCACUUUUAUAACUCUCUCCUUCCCUCUCUGUAUUUCCCUUCAUGAGAUUGAACUGCACUGUUAUGCAUUGAUCCUUCUCUCUGAGAAGCGAUGUGAUCUUACAUUACAGUUACAGACUGACUUCGGCCUCCAUCCCCAAAGAUUGUGUGCAAAGUCAACCAUUUUUCAAAUGGUCAAACACUGAACUUUUAUCUCUGUUUACUGUAGUAUUAUGACUAUACACCUUUUGUUUUAAUUGUUAUUGAAAUGUGUUUCUUAUGCUAUUUAUUGCCUAUCUGACCAGAACCAGAUGAUUUAAAUCAUAACUGACCAUAAUAACCCUACACACGAUGCUUGAUUGUUCAGUGUCUCUUGUUUUACCCUGAAUGCAACAUGUGUUUAAAAAUGAUGGACGUGCAUCCGUCUUACUGAUCAAUAUAUACACCGAGGAUGUAUGUGCAUUUUGUUUUUAGCUUUAAUUGAUGAUGUUUCCUUUCUUCCAUACUGUUUUUCAGAUACAUACAACUGUUUACAGUGCUAUGAAAUAAUAGUAAUAAUAAUAAAAAAUACACAAUG